GCACAGAGCCCAACACCCUGUUUUGAGCGGCAGGGUCCUGGAGCCCGAGGACAAGGCUCCAGGCAGGUUUCUGGACACUUCAGCUUCCCAGGUAGCUCCUGCCUCAGCAUGGCUGCUCCCCCACCUGCAGAACUCGAGCAGAGCCUUAACGACCAUCUCUCCUCUUCUUUUGAGCCCACGCUGGACCUCAAGGCAGACGAAGCUACAUUACUUCCAGUAUUCAGACUGAGAGAGAAGAGGGAGGGGGAAAGAGGCAGGCAGCAAAACUGGAUAAAGGCUCUGGAGUCAGUGACAUACCCCCAGAUGGGCAUGGAUGUGAGGAGGAGCUCGGCACAGGAGCAGGCGGUUCCAGACACGAUGGGGUUUGCAAACCUGAAGGCUGUGCCAGCAGCAGACAGUGCCCCAGCGGUGACAGAAGAACCAAACCCAACCGUGGAGGCACACAAGGACUCGGCUGGCAUGGACAGCAGCUACGACUUUUCGACCUCCAGCUUGGACAGCCGUUGUGAACCUGACAUGGUUCUGGUCACUGGAGACUCUCUCCCUGACAAAGGUCCCCAGUCGGAGGCUGGUGACCCCGGCUCCACAGCCUCCUUGCCCUGGCCAGAGUUGCCGGAUGAAUGUCCGCCUCGGCCUAACACCCUGGAUUUCUCCAACUCUCUCAAAUUCUUGGAGGAGGUGAAGCAGAUGGGGCAGAGGAGGAACAGUGACCACUUGAACAUCCAGGAGAAUGGGGUGGAGAGCUGCCCUGAGGCACCUCCCGUCAGCGAGGAGAGGAGGGCGCUGGAGUCAGAGCUGGGGAAGUGCAUCGAAGACUUCAGGAAGAUCAAGAUCCCCAUCUCCUUCCCCAACAAGAAGCGGCAGUGGCAAAGCGAACUACUGAAAAAAUACCACGUCUGAGGGGAGGGGCUGGGACUGAUGCCUCCCACCACCCAGGACUGACUGGCUUCCACAGCCACAGGCACCUUCCCCUGCAUUCUGUCCAUGAUGGGCCAGCCUGCCAGGUGCUGAGUGUCCUUGGCCCCCAUUGAUGGCCAGGAGCAGCUCAGCAUCUUGUAGGCUUGAGCCCUCUUUGAAGAGGGACUUGUGAGAGCCUCUUACUUUAAACCAAUUAUUUGGCGACACUGGGACUAACUGAUUUGCAUCCUGUCUGACCUCGUGGACUUUACCUAGGUCACUCAGGGGUAAUCCACAACAGGUUUUGGUCCAUGUAUUCAAAACUAAGAGCAGUGGUUUCUUGGUCAAUGCAUCAUUCCAGGAAUUGGUGCUCCACAGGCAGAGAUUAUAAGGCUACAGCUUGCUUGUUCCCAGGGGAGUCAAGGGUGAAAUGUGCAUGAAAGGAGCUGUACAAAUCCUAGAAGUGAAAAUAUUUGAAGGAGUCAGGAUGGGAAGGAGGAAACUGAUGUUGGUUCAGGUUGUCUGUAGGGACAAACCUACACCCAAGCAAUAUGGACAUUCCUGCCUUUAUGACAGCAUGACUGUGAUUGGAGCUCCCGGGGUUAAUAAAUGUAAACAAUGAUGAAACCUAAUUCCAGUCCCUUCCCA